CAUGGUAGAGAGGAGGCCUCAGAUCGAAGACUCCACCAUCUCCAGUCAGCCCUCAGUCAGCUAGAGGCCAGGUUGAAGGCAGCCACCCAGGAGGCAGAGGGUGUACGCAGGGAGCAGGUGGUGUGGGAGAGGCAGGUGGGGGAGCUGCAGGUCCGCUGUGCCUCUCUGGAGGAGGAGCGCUACGAGGCCUUCUCCAAGGUCAGAGACUCCAUACAGCUGGCUGAGGAGGCCUCUCUACAGAAGGACCAGGCCCUGUUGAGAGAGAAACAGAAAUCUGAGGAGCUGGACAGGAUGAAUGAAGCUGUCAGACAACUGAUCCAGGAUGCUGCCAUACGCACCAGGAAAGAGGUAGAGAAUGUACGUAAACAGUGCAACUCACAGAUCCAUCGGAUGGCUGAGGAGUUGUCGGCUCUACAACUGGAGUGUGCAGAUAAAGAGUCUCAGAUGGAGAGGUCCAUGAGAGAGAUGAGGGCAGUGGAGGAGGAACUGGAGAAGGUGUAUAAGGAGGGUAGAGGAGAGCCAGAGUACAGGAAGAUAGAGGUUCUCCACCAGAGGUCUCUGAAUGCUGAGAGACUGAAGGACGACAUGAACAUCACCCUGCAGAGCACACACAACAAGAUGAAGAAACUGGAGAUGGACUACAGUGAGGAGUUGUCCCGGUGCCAGGAGGAGGUGCGGCGGUUGCAGGGGUCUCUGUCUGCAGCCAGGGAGGACUGCAGCGGGGUCAGCGAGGAGCGGCUCCAGCUGCAGCAGGAGAACAUGCAGCUCCGCAGGGAGAUGGAGGAGCUACGCAAGGCUAGCAUGAUGACCCAGAGGAGAGCUAAGCAGCAGGUUUCCCAGAUGGAGCAGGAGUAUUCCCUAAAGGAGCAGGGUCUGGAAGCCCGGGUCAGGGAGAUGGAGGAAAGCAGUAGGAGCUCCAGUGCUGACCUGACCCGCCUCCUCUCUGCCCAGCAGAAGACCAGCCAGCGCUGGAAGGAGGAGGCCAAGACCCUCACCCUGACCUUCCAGACCAAACUCACCAGCCUCAAGGGUGAGCUGAGUCGACAGAGGCAACGUUGUCAGGAACUGGAGAUCCAGCUGGUGACUGACCACGAGACCAUAGUAGAGUACGAGAGGCAGAUGGCAGAGUAUCAGGAGAAGAACAGUCGUCUCCAGAGGCGUUUGACUCAGGCAGAACAGAAGGCAACUACAGCAUCACAACAGCUGAGUAUAAUGACGUCACAGAGGAGGAAAACAUCGUCCAUGGCAGACCUGGAGUCUCUAUAGCGGUAUGCAGGGAUGUGCCAUGUAAUAAAACUAAAUAUAACAUUUCACUAGCUGUUGGGCUAAUUGGCUACAUUUUCUACUAGCCAGUCUGAAGUGUACUAGCAUCGGGCUAGCUUAAUUUCCAUCCCUGACUGUGUGCAUUGCCAACCAUUUCUACAGAAAUGCCCAUGUCUGUUAUGGAUUUAUACCAUUCACCUUGAUGUCUGUUAUUAAAAUAUAUUUAAAUUCUC